AUGGACCCAUUCGAGAAGAGCACGACGGUUGAUCCGGAGGUCCGCGCAUACAUCUCUUCUCUCGUCAACGCUGUCGGUGGUAGCUCGACAUACGACAAUUCCUAUUCCAUUGGAGACGAUGCAGCAGCUGUGCUCAAAGACUUACAACGUUGGCUCCGACUAUACGACGAGAAGACCAACCGACUGGACGUGAAAAGAUGUCUUGCGGAGGCGAACCUGGUGCAGGGAGAUUUGCUGGAGAUUCUGGCUCUUUGGCCGGAGGACGGGAAAGAGAACAAGCUGAAAUCGAAGCUGGCACUGGCAUGUCUGGAACUGCUCGUGCCGUUGACCUGGCCGGUCGCUCUGGAGGAUGACAAGGCUACACUGAACCACCACCGACACGUGCCAUAUCUGCAAUUGGCACAGGUUGGAUACAAGAGAGCUGUACUCCAAUACGAGUAUGCAAAGAUCUUGAGGAUUGCAGUGCGUGUGGCUCUCCCAUCUAUGGCGCAACCGCGCCGAGAGAGGACCAAAAGGGACGACGGAAUCAUAAAGCUCAUGCUGUACUUCUUCCGCAACGUCGCAAUGAUCACCCAGCCACAGCAUCUGCCUUCGCAGGGCGAUGAGAACGAAGUCAGCCGUUCCGCAACGAUUGAGGUUUUUCACGAUCAAGAAAUCUUCAACGCCCUACUCACCAUCGGAUCGGGAUUGGGAGAUGAUUUUCAAGAGCAGGAUGUCAUUAUACUGGAGAUCAUGUUCCAUCUACUGAAAGGUGUGGACGCGAGGAAGCUGUUCUUGAAGAAGGAAGAGGUCAGCACGGAAGAAGUCAAUGAGUUGAAGAUGUUGAUGCAGAAAGAGAAGGCCAUGCUGAACAGCUACAAGAAGAAUGCGCCGACCAGACACAAUCGAUUCGGUACCAUGCUCUGGGUGAGGCGGGAAGAUAUGAAGAUGUCGACAGUCUCGGGACAAACAAGCAUUACCGACAAGGACAGCACAUUCCAUCAGAUGGACGCCAGCAAGAAGUGGAAUAAGCCACAAUAUCGUGGCAAGCUCACCCAAGAGUUUGACGAGUUCUCGGAGUUUGGCAUGCGAGUCGAGCUGACGGAGAAGGCGAGAGCACAUCUACGUCGCUUUGUCGAGGAUUUCCUGGACUCAUCCUUUAACCCGCUGUUCGCGAGCUUGCGAAAGGCGAUAGAGAGAGAGCAUGACCGGGUGCAAGCCAUGCACCACAAGCAGUACUUUUAUCUCAUCUCCUGGUUUCUCAGCGCCGAAGCGGCUCGGCGAGACCAGGCGCGAAGUCAAAGCGCCUGGCACGCGGAUCGGCCGUCGCAGAUCAACCCGGAAGACAACACAUUUGCGUACAUCGCUGCCGUACUGGAUCAAGAAACAUUCGUCCUGCUGGACAGGCAGAUGCAGAUAGCCUUUGACAACAAGAGCUGGCAGGACUUGCAAGCUACUCUGCUAUGCUUCACUCAGAUCUUGCUCACCGUACAAAGCAUGGCUGACAGCAAAGACGAAGAAGACCAGGAGAUUGCCGAGAAUAUCCAAGGACGCAUCUUCUACGAGGAGGCAACCCACGACAGAAUCGUGCAGAUUCUCCGAGGGUACACACAUCAGGGAUUCGCGUAUCUUGACGCCAUUACGGAGUGUGUGCAUGUUUUCGUUCGCAUGCUCGAACGCUAUAGCAAGCAGAAUGUCGACCUACAAAUUCGCUCCAAGCGAAGAGCACGAAAGAAGCGAGCUCAGCAGGAUAAUCUCGAUGAAGAUGGCGAGAGACCCCAAGAUGCGGACGAUGCAAACGAUGAUGAGCAAGAAGCACAUCGAGCGGUGUCUGAACGCAAGUUUGACUUCGCUCGAUUCUCCGCGAAGUUCCUGUCUCAACCCUGCGUCAAUACCUUCAUCUCUCUGACGCACUACUAUCGCGAUCUCACACCAGCUCAAAUGAAACGCGCGCACCGAUUCUUCUACCGUCUGGCUUUCAAGCAUGAGCUCACCGUGCUCCUGUUCAGGGCAGACAUCCUUCAGCUCUUCCACAAGAUGAUCAAGGGCCCAGAAGGCUUGGAUUCAGGUAUGGAAGGCUUCCGGGAUUGGGAACAGAUGGUGCAGCAAGUCUUUCGACGAUGCAUCAAAUGGAUGGAGCGCGAUACUGAGGGUACUGGAUGGAAGGAAGCAUCUGUGGUCGAGAUGCUGUUCAGCAAGAUACCAGCGACUGUGUUCUACCUCCAGAAUGGCUACGAGAAGGUGGUCGAGAAGCGAGCGCCACGACCACCAGCUGAGCUGCAAGUCAAGCCGAGCGUACCCCAAGAUCAGAGACUGGCAGUGGCGGUGUCCAUCAUGAUUGAGAAUGCAAAAGCAGAUGACGUCGAGUGGGUCAAGAAGCAGGUCGGCAACGCAGCAGAUGAGAGACAGUCAUGGGAGGACGAGGACACGGCGCGAAGAGCCAUCACAAGUGAGACAGACGCAGUUGAGCCCAUCGCCGCGCCCUCCAUAUUCAUCAUCCCGGACAACGAGGAGCGAAAAUUGGCAUUGUUCAAAGACAAGCACCUUCGUCUGCUUUUAACAACGCUCGGAUUCUUACGACUUGGCCUGGCCGAGGACGUCGAUGCAGCAUGGGUCAUUCCUUCGGAAAUCAGCGCGAGCACACUCAUCGAAGCGCUCAAUCAGAUCGAAGCAGCAGAAUUCGCACCGCCAACUUUCGAGAAUGACAAAACUGCCUCCGACCUCAUUCGAACAAAGCCCACCGGCCGCAACAGCGGCGCAUUCGGCGACUCGGACUCCGAGAGUGACGCAGACGGUGACGGCGGACUCAUCGAUGACGCAAUGUUCCCGCCUAAUCUGAAGGAAGCCCGCAAAGCCCGCGAAGACGGAGAGAAGCCCAGGAAGCGCCGCAAGCGAAGAAGUUCAGGUCCAGAACUCACGGAAGCGCGAGCCAAGGCGAAAGAGAAGAAAGAGCGAGAGAAGAACUCGAGGAUCAAGUCCGCGUUAUAUGUCGUUGAAGAUGACACAGACGAGGAGGCGGAUGCAGAGUUCUUCAGACUGGAGGCCCAGCGGAGGAAGAAGACGAGUGGUGUCAUUCAGAGUGCAGUAAUGAAGGCCGCGAAGGCCGCGCAGACGCCCGCGACGGAGGGCGGGGGCAAGGGGAAGAAGAGGAAGAGUGCUGUGGGUGUCAAGGUCAGUGCGAAGAAGAGGAAGACGGCGAUUGAGAGUGAGGACGAAGAUGAAGACGUGGCAAGUGCAGGUGCGCUUUCCGCAGCUGCAACGCCUCUUGAGCUAUCUGAAAAUAGCCCAUCAUCGUCCGAGGACUCGGAUGCUAUGGACGAAGACGACGAAGAGCCUGUCGCUUCGAGACGAGGCGGGAAAACGAAGGAAACGCCAUCCACGUCGCCCACUCCGGGCAAGGUGUCCGUCUCGCCCAAACCGCUGAGGGAAGUGUCUGCGAACACGACAACGGCAGCUUUGCUGAUGAACGACGACGACGAUGACGACGAAGAUGAUAUGCCUGUCCUCAAGCCGAUGGCAAGAAGGAGUGUCAGGGCCGGAUUCAUUAUCGAGAGUGAUUCUGAAUAG